CUGUAACAUGUAACCUGUGUGUGUGUGUGUAACAUGUAACCUGUGUCUGUAACAUGCAAUAUGGGGGCUGUGUGUAACAUGUAAUCUGUGUGUAACCCGCAAUAUGGGGGCCGCGUGUAACCCGCAAUAUGGAGGCUGUGUGUGUUUUUUACAGUCUAUCACCUGCUCACAAUCCGUUUCCCUCUCUCUAGCUUUGGAAUUCUUUCUCCUCAAGUUCUCUGAGAUGCCGCUUCCACAGGCACUGCAGGCCCGCCUGGCCAAGCGGGGGAUUCUGAAACAUAUGGAGUCAGGUUGGUGAGCCAUCUUUGCACAUUGUGUGUCUGCACCGGUACAUUAAGCCUUGUAUGAAAUUAUUUAUAUACAUAGUUGUCACCUGUCAGAUAAAUAUAAUCAUCAUCUCUGCACAACUGAUGCUUGUCCCCUGCUGACAAGGAAAUUACAAACCUUAUUCCAAAAUGCCACUAAUAAUUCUCUGCUUUUUUUGAGCUAGAAUUUGUAACUGCUUUGUUUAUUUUUCACAGUGCUUGGUUUAGUAAAUAAGCCGUGUCAAUGAAAAUUGUUAGUAGUUUAUUUUCUAAACCGUAGUUUGAUAAACUCCAUAAUUUGGACCAACAUGUCUGAGAAGGGAGUAGAAACCUAGAAUGUGACGGCAGAUAAGAACCAUCCGGCACACCUAAUCUGCCCAACUUUCUAAAUACUUUCAUUAGUCCCUGGCCUUAUCUUAUAGUUAGUGUAACGGACCGUUUUGCCCACAAUAUGUUAAAAAACGUUUAGGCGAUAUUCCCCUUUCAGAUGCACAGGCACAGCUACUGCAGAACACCAAACUCCCGAACAGGAUACCAAGUAGCACUCCAAAUUCCCGAACUGGAACCUCACGAAUUGCUGCUAGCAGCUGAACAGGAAAAGCACCCAAGCAGCUUACACUCCUGGCAAUCAGUCUCUAACAGCAUACAGUAAAUCCCCCCAAGAACGAGACAAAGCUCCGUGUUGAGGGUCAAGCAGUGAACAGACAGAGCUGUGGGUUUAUUGUGCUUAUGUACACAUUCUUACACAUUAGUACCACCCACAGGGUUUUGGAACACAACCAAUAAACACAUACAAUACACUCAGACACUCCCACACAAAUUCCUCCCCUCUGCCUGUGAUUCAAUUACCUUACACAAUGGGUAAUUUAAUUAGCACAAGCAGAGAAAUACAAUUUUUCCACAUUAUUCAUAACUUGAAAAGUAUGCAUCACAUUCACAUAAAACAUUUUCAGAAUCAGCAUACUCCAAAUACAAACAUACGUCAAAAUCAUACAAAUUGGUCCAGUGGUUCAAAAGAUAGAUCGUAGUCCUUUGUGACCACAGGAAGCAUGGCUUUUCUGCCCAAAACCAGUUCCACAGAGUCUUCUAUCCUGGAGAUAAUUAGAAGUAAUCCAAUUAUCUCCAAAGACAGAGGCAAAACUCCAUUGAACACAUGGCAGCAAAAAGACAGUAAAAUACAAUAAAAUACACAAUGUUACAUUUAUGACAUAAAAUACAGACAUGCAACAUAUGCCCAGAUAGCUUAGGUCUGAGCGCACAUUAUUACUGAAUGGCGCUCAGACCACAAACACAUACAGUUCUAUUGCCAUGGAGCCAAAGUCUUUUAUUACAUGAAUAGGCUCCAUGGCAUAGCUAUCUGGGUUAUGAGUUCAUUCAGUAAAUCCGAGAAUCUACCAAAGACCGGGCAGAAAAGCACGAAUAAGUCUUUUCUGCAGUGAAAAAGAUGUCUUUUAACAUGGGGCCAUAGUCCAAAGGCAGCAGGCGAGCAACCAGGCUUCUCCAAUGCAAUGUGGCGAGAUUGCUUUCGUCACAGUUAGGAUAGCCUUAUGCCUAUCCCACGCCUGCUUAAACUCCUUCACUGUGUUAACCUCUAGCCCUCUAGGAGUAUUUCCUCCUAUAAAUGCCAUUUGUAGUCCUUAUGAUGUGACCAUCAGUGGUUUUGACAGCAUCUUUAUCUGUGUGCUCAGAGCCAGCAGAAGAGAUUAUAGCAGAGGAUUAUGAUGAUGAUCAUGUGGAUUACGAGGCAACUCGCGCAGAAAACCUUCCUCCAAACUGGUACAAGGUGUUGGACCCCAUCUGGUAAGAUCAAAGAUGUCACAUUAAUGUCAGAGUAGUGCGCAGUCUUGUUAUAUGCCAUUUAUAGCAUGGAUCUAGCUAGCUGUGACCAGGUUGUGAGAUUAUUCUUGUAGAAGUUCAGAGCUUAUACGAUUUCAUUAAAUCUAAAUAGCAGGCAGUCAGAUUUCUUUUCCGGAUGCAAGGGCGGCGGUGAUCCAUAUAUAGGACUGUCUUGAGCCACAGAGUGGAUUUGGUCUCUAAAGUGUCAGGAUAAUAGGAAUUUAAUUUAAUCUGUGCUAGAAAAAAAAAAAAGCUCCUCUUGAUCUCUUUUUGAAGUUGUUUGUUCUGCUGAGCUUUAAAGCGUGUUUCAAAGGACUAGGACCAUUUCAGUGUUUUAAAGUAGGUCUUGGUGUAAGGACCCUGUAUGUACAGUGUUUCAGUACGAAUUGGAGAUACAGAGAUAUGUAGGCUACCUGCUGGAGGUGGAUCUCCACCUUCCGCCGCAUUAUUAUCCAGGACGGAAUGAGUGUUCCAGCCUGGCUAAUGUCAGUUCUGUGCACAGACGCUCAUUCAUUGGCUGAGAGUGCCCAGCUGACGAUUUCAGUAAAUGAGCGGCUCUGCAGAAUCCAGAUGUGGUUCAGCCACCAUCAUUUGAGGCUCGGAUCGAUGUUAAAAUCUGCAUUUGAUCAGUUGUAAAAUUUACAUUUUUACCACCAUACUAGCAAGAUCAACUGCAAUAUUGAUUAACCCCUUAAGGACCAAACUUCUGGAAUAAAAGGGAAUCAUGACAUGUCACACGUCAUGUGUCCUUAAGGGGUUAAAGAUAUUUUUCUAAAGUUUAGAUCUUGGUCUUUGUUGCUGAUUGCGUAUCCAUUUGUAUGAUUCUACAAUGCCUUGCUAAUUUCCUGCACUGUCCUGUAUACACAACUUUGAUCUAUGCAUUUGCCUUACCUUUGGCUGCACAAUGUGUAGAUGAAAUGUUAUUGCACAACCAAGUGAUCUUCAAAUUGAUAUCACACCAUAUAUAGCAUAAGCGUACUAUGUUUAAUAAAAGUCUUUCCUGUUAAGUAAGUGAAAGCCUUCUCAGCCUACUUCUGUCUGCUGUUCACAUUGUACCCUUACAAUGCUGGUAUGUUCUAACAUGAUGCUCAUUGUCUUGUCUUUCAGUGGUCUCCCAUAUUACUGGAAUGUGGAGUCUGAGCUAGUCUCUUGGUUGUCACCACUUGACCCCAAUGCGAUAAUCACAAAAACCACUUCAAAACAAAAAGGUAAAGUUGUGGUGUGAGAGGACACUGCCCGGUCACAGCCAGAGCCAUAUAACCUGUUUUUUUUUUUCUUCUCAGAACCUGAGGAAAAGGCUGAAAGAGAGGAAGUGAAGGAACGCAGGUUUACACGCCGUGAAGAGGUGGCUCCUUACCCUAAACCAAAGAAAGGUGAGCAUGUUUCUGCAUUGAGGGUUCAUUCCCUGCUCCUUCAGUAUUGGACUCUUAUUUCCAACCAGUUCCUUUCUUUUCACCCUGUUUCUAGGAAGAAAAGAUGAAGAGUUGGAUCCCAUGGACCCAAGUGCUUAUUCAGAUGCUCCCAGGUACUUUGACCCUGUGUUAAAACCAGAUUGUUUUUGUCUUUGUAGAGGCGGCUCUAUUGACAUGUGAUAGGUAGAUUCUUGAUUGGAUCCUAUGUGCCAUAGGCUUGCAACCUUUGCUAUCCACGCUGCUGUUACUCCCUAAGGGAAUGCUCAGAGCUUUGAGCACUGCUACUUUGUGUCUAAAAUAGUAAUUUUGGAACUCUUGUCGGUUCUCCACAGUUCCUGACUUAAAACCUUAAAGACCUUUGGGCAUGCCAUUACGUCGGCAAUAUAAUGGACAUUAAUGGGCAUCCUGCAGGUUUAGUGUGAGCUGGGUUAAACCUAACAUACCACCAUCUAAUAUAUUAAAACCCAUUCCUAAUUUCAGAAUUGAUAUUGGCAGUGGGUUACCUUAGAGUUACAGGUGGAGUUAAGGUCGAAUUAAAGGACCACUAUAGUGCCAUGAAAACAUACUCAUUUUCCUGGCACUAUAACAUUGGAUAUAUAUAUGUGUUGUUGCAGAUGGCAUUGUGCUGUCUACAAAAUUAUGUGUUGUAAUAUGCUUUCGUUUAAUUUUUGCCAUAUGUAUUGUAUGCAGCAUUCCACUGAUUGUUCGGUAAAAUCACUCAGUUUAUUAUACGAGUGAAACUACCGAACAAUCAGACCACCCCAGGAAUAAGUGUGCUGCCAAUUACCGUUCGCAACAAUGUUGCAAACCCGUAAUUGUCAAUCAGUGCAGUGUGUGCUGUGUCCUCGCGGUGGCCGCCGUUUGGGAGACGAACACGUGGCGGCGGCCAUUUUAAACUCCCGAACAGCGGUGUUUUGCCUUUGAGUGUCUGGAACUAAAAUCGGACACUCGACUAGGCGAACACCGCUGAGACCUCCAGAGCUCCAUAACUCCCGAACGGAGGGGAUAAGCAGCCCCUCGUUUGGUAAAAUAAAUGUCCCGAAUAAGGGAAUUAAUACAACUACAAAUUUUAACUUUGGAUGGCAAUUAUUUCUAUGCAUUUUAUCUCCCGAACAGAGACCGACCGCAAGGCCAAAACACAUGGAGCAUUUUUCGGAUACUACCUCGUGUGCGGUCGGUCACAUUGCCUCUUCCACCUAACUCCCGAACCCCUGGUCUGAUCUGGGUGAAUUUUGAAUAUGUUAGUCACCCAGAUCAGGGCUACCAGGGGUACCCAUUAUAUAAUUCUGACUGUUUUGGGGUACAUCCAGAAAUCGGGUAAAACUGCAGUAUGAAUAAGUGGAUUAUGUGUCAGACUGAGGGGAGGAGAUGUGUGGGAGGUAACAGUUACACUAUUGGAUACUGUACUGAUUAAUGUGAAUCCCUCCCUUGUAUGGGAGAAAGCUUUAAAAGAAGGUUGUGUGGAUUAAAAGUUCAGUUCUGCUCCUGAUGCUGUGUGUCGUCCAGUCAUUGGGAUCUGUAUGGGGAUAUUCGUGGAUUACCUUGCUUGCUGUCAAUAUUGUUCUAUGGGAUUUUAUUACUUGUUCCUGAGCUUCACUGGGAUCUUUAGUGGAAUUAACCUGUGAAAUACCAGCUCUCAGCUAUAUAUGUAAUCUGUAUUGGGGCACUUACAUAGAAUCCCUAAAAUUACAGUGGAACAAACCUGUUAAGACACCUCCAGUGUCUUUAGGCAAAACCGCCGUUUAGUAGACCUUCCCCGGCUGCAGUAACAGUAACUCCGUUCGCUUAAUCUGUAGUAUACGAACCAAAUGCAGGGGAAGCGGCAAUCUCCCGACCAGGAUCCGUGAACGGCUCCAAACUCCCGAACGGCAAUGCACGAACUGCUGCUAGCCGCCGAACAACAAUAUUCACCAAGCGGCUUCCGUUCCAUCCAGCAGUCUCUAAACGUGAAGAAAUCCCCCCAAUAACGAGACAGAAGCUCCGCAUUGAGGGUCAAACAGGAUCUGGCUUUACUGUGGGCUACCUGCCCGUAUUUAUGCAGGUCUCCCACUUGGUGGACACUCCCCUAGGGGACCAAAUGGGAGACUUAAAUGACAGACAGAUAUGGGGACAUUCCAGACACACCGUCACAGAUUUUACCCACAGUGCAUUAUGAUUCCCUCCCCUCUGCCCUGGAGUUAAUGACCAAGUAACUCAAUUAACUCCAGGACAAAGCCAGUCGCCAUCUUAAAUAUAAAAUCAGAAAAGACAUAAAAAUGCAUAACUUCAAAAUAACCGAACAUUUCCCAUUCGUAUCACAUAGCCCCAGAUAGCCUGGAUCUGAGGGCAUAUUAUUAGCGAAUAGCGCUCAGAUCCCACACACAUAGUUCAAUCGCCAUGGAGUCAAAGUUCUUACAGUCUUUCGGUAUACGAAUGACUCCAUGGGAAGGCUAUCUGGGUUAAGUCUUUUCGUAUGCUCCAAAUCUCCCGAACGGCCGGUAUUCGUAUGCUUUCGUGGAGGCAGCCAGGCGUUCCGUUGUUUCAGCGGUGUUCGGCAGAAAAAGUGUCCGUUUUUAGUUCCAUAGAAAUAGAGCCAAACACCGCUGGGCUUUCGCUUGGUUUAAAAUGGCCGCUGCCUCGUGGUCGACAUACGAACGACGACCACCCUGAAUUCGGUUUAAUUGAGAAGUGUCUGCGGUUAACCACAACGUUCUAAUUGGGAUCAAUAGGUUAACCAGCAGCACACUUCUCUCCUGGGUGGCCGUCCGUUCGGCAGGUUCGUUCGGGAAAAAGAGUCAUUCGAAUGGCUGGGCUAUAGAAACCCGCCAUUCAUACAAACGGGAGACAAACAGACGAAUGCAAUUAAAAUACAAGCAGACAGAUGGUUCUGUCACAAAACCUAUAGCUGAAAUUCAAGGUUUGAAAUUGGUUCAGAGCGUGUACAGUCGCCUGGUCCUUAGCGGGUUAAUAGAUGGCUCCAUAGGUCUUUCAGGACCUGGUCCUUAGCGGGUUAAUAGAUGGCUCCGUAGGUCUUUCAGGACAGUCGCCUGGUCCUUAGCGGGUUAAUAGAUGGCUUCAAUAGGUCUUUCAGGGUAGUCACCUGGUCCUUAGCGGGUUAAUAGAUGGCUCCAUAGGUCUUUCAGGGUAGUCACCUGGUCCUUAGCGGGUUAAUAGAUGGCUCCAUAUGUCUUUCAGGGUAGUUGUUUCGUCCUUAGCGGGUUAAUAUAUGGCUUUAUUAACUAAACUGUGAAACUGACCUGAAGACAUUGCUGACUUUGGGCAUAAAGUUUGAAAUUCACACGUUACUGUUAACCGACUGGGUACCUCCGUUGGAGGAUGCUCCUAGAGCUUUCUGAGGGCUUCAAGCACUCCAGCCGACACCAUAACCACCGUAGACUCCUCCAGAGAGCAAGGCAGGAACAAGCUCUUACAAGAGCUUAGUAGUGAUUUAGCAAGGGAGUAUGACAAGCACCGUUUAGUAGACCUUCCCCGUCUGCAGUAACAGUAACUCCAUUCGCCUAACCUGUAGUGCACGAACCAAAUGCAGGGGAAGCGGCAAUCUCCCGAACGGGAUCCGUGAACGGCUCCAAACUCCCGAACAGCAAUACACGAACUGCUGCUAGCCGCCGAACAACAAUAUCCACCAAGCGGCUUUUGUUUCCAUCCAGCAGUCUCUAAACGUGAAGAAGAAAUCCCCCCAAUAACGAGACAGAAGCUCCGCAUUGAGGGUCAAACAGGAUCUGGCUUUACUGUGGGCUACCUGCCCACAGUAAAUUAUCUCCAGGACAAAGCCAGUCGCCAUCUUAAAUAUAAAAUCAUAAAAGACAUAAAAAUGCAUAACUUUAAAAUAACCGAACAUUUCCCAUUCGUAUCACAUAUCCCCAGAUAGCCUGGAUCUGAGUGCAUAUUAUUGGCGAAUAGCGCUCAGAUCCCACACACAUAGUUCAAUCGCCAUGGAGUCAAAGUUCUUACAGUCUUUCGGUAUACGAAUGACUCCAUGGGAAGGCUAUCUGGGUUAAGUCCUUUCGUAUGCUCCAAACCUCCCGAACGGCCGGUAUUCGUAUGCUUUCGUGGAGGCAGCCAGGCGUUCCGUUGUUUCAGCGGUGUUCGGCAGAAAAAGUGUCCGUUUUUAGUUCCAUAGAAAUAGAGCCAAACACCGCUGGGCUUUCGCGUGGUUUAAAAUGGCCGCUGCCUCGUGGUCGACAUACGAACGACGACCACCCUGAAUUCGGUUUAAUUGAGAAGUGUCUGCGGUUAACCACAACGUUCUAAUUGGGAUCAAUAGGUUAACCAGCAGCACACUUCUCUCCUGGGUGGCCGUCCGUUCGGCAGGUUUGUUCGGGAAAAAGAGUCAUUCGAAUGGCUGGGCUAUAGAAACCAGCCAUUCAUACGAACGGGGGACAAACAGACGAAUGCAACUAAAAUACAAGCAGACAGAUGGUUCUGUCACAAUAACUAUCCCUUGUAGCAGAUUCCCCCAAUAAGAGACAGGACUCAGAUUGAGGGUGAAGUAGAACUGCUAGAGCUGUAGAUUUAUUGUUCUUAUAUACACAUUCUUACACAUUAGUACCACCCACAGGGUUUUGUUAAACAACCAAUCAAUACGUACAAUACACUCAGACACUCCCACACAAAAUCCUCCCCUCUGCCUGUGAUACAAUUACCUUACACAAUGGGUAAUGUAAUUAUCACAGGCAGGAAAAUAAACAGUUUUACACAAUAUUCAUAACUCUAAAAGUAUGCAUCACAUUCACAUAAAACUCACAUUUUCAGAAUCCGCAUACGCCAAAUACAAACAUACAUCAAAAUCAUACAAAUUGGUCCAGUGGGUCAAAAGUUAGAUCAACGUCCUUUGUGACCAAAUGAAGCAUGGCUUUUCUGCCCAAAACCAGUUCCACAGAGUCUUCUAUCCUGGAGAUAAUUGGGGAAGUAAUCCAAUUAUCUCCAAGGACAGAGGCAAAACUCCAUUAGCCACAUGUAGCAAAAGACAAUAAAAUACAUAAAUAUAUAUAACUGUGCAGCUAUUGCAUAAAACAGGUACAUUCAACAUUAGUGAUGUCCCGAACGGUUCGCCGCAGAUGGCGAACAUAUGCGCUGUUCGGUCCGCCCCCUAUUCGUCAUCAUUGAGUAAACUUUGACCCUGUACCUCACAGUCAGCAGACACAUUCCAGCCAAUCAGCAGCAGACCCUCCCUCCCAGACCCUCCACCUCCUGGACAGCAUCCAUUUUACAUUCAUUGUGAAGCUGCAUUCUUAGUGAGCUGUCCAGGAGGUGGGAGGGUCUGCUGCUGAUUGGCUGGAAUGUGUCUGCUGACUGUGAGGUACAGGGUCAAAGUUUACUCAAUGAUGACAUCCGCCAUCCAUGGCGAACCGUUCGGGACCUCACUAUUCAACAUAUCCCCAGAUGGCUUAGAUCUGAGCGCACAUUACCGAAUGGUGCUCAGAUCACAUACAUACAGUUCAAUUGCCAUGGAGCCAAAGUCUUUCACAUAGUCUUUUGUUAUAUGAAUGGGCUCCAUGGCAUAGCUAUCUGGGGUAACUCUGCUCAGAUAGGGAAAGUACCGAAUGACCCGGCUUUCGAGUCUUUGGAGGGAUAAAUCAAGCAUUUCAACAUGGGACCAUAGUCACAAGUCAGGAGGCUGGCAAUCAGUCUUCUCCAAUGCCCAGUGGCGAGGCUGGUUCCGCCACAACCAGUAAAUGUUUAUUUAGUACGGGUGUAAUCCCUUUUUAUUUAUUUAUUUUUUUCUUCUCCCCAUACAGGGGGUCGUGGUCCACGGGCUUGCCAAAAAGAAACGAAGCCAAAACCGGUGCAGACACAACGGCCGCAGGCCCACUUUUCCAGCAGCGGCCGUACCCCAGCCCCGGCGCUGUACUGAGGGCCAACGCAGAGGCAUCGCGCACUAAACAGCUGGAGUGAGCGGCUCUGGCCAUUGUACAGUUUGCUAUGUGUGAGUGUGUUCUAAUAAAGAUUUUAUAUGAAACCUCCCGGCUCUGAAUCCUAUACUGGCUGCUAGCUGAGUGUAACGUGGGACAAGCUCCCAGGACCCUCAGCCACUCCUACACUGGCUGCCAGCUGAGUGUAACGUGGGACAAGCCCCCAGGACCCUCAGCCACUCCUACACUGGCUGCCAGCUGAGUGUAAGGUGGGACAAGCCCCCAGGACCCUCAGCCACUCCUACACUGGCUGCCAGCUGAGUGUAAGGUGGGACACGCUCCCAGGACCCUCAGCCACUCCUACACUGGCUGCCAGCUGAGUGUAAGGUGGGACACGCUCCCAGGACCCUCAGCCACUCCUACACUGGCUGCCAGCUGAGUGUAAGGUGGGACAAGCCCCCAGGACCCUCAGCCACUCCUACACUGGCUGCCAGCUGAGUGUAAGGUGGGACAAGCCCCCAGGACCCUCAGCCACUCCUACACUGGCUGCCAGCUGAGUGUAAGGUGGGACAAGCCCCCAGGACCCUCAGCCACUCCUACACUGGCUGCCAGCUGAGUGUAAGGUGGGACAAGCCCCCAGGACCCUCAGCCACUCCUACACUGGCUGCCAGCUGAGUGUAAGGUGGGACAAGCCCCCAGGACCCUCAGCCACUCCUACACUGGCUGCCAGCUGAGUGUAAGGUGGGACACGCCCCCAGGACCCUCAGCCACUCCUACACUGGCUGCCAGCUGAGUGUAAGGUGGGACAAGCCCCCAGGACCCUCAGCCACUCCUACACUGGCUGCCAGCUGAGUGUAAGGUGG